UCUGGUCGGGGCUCUCUCCUGGUCACAGCCGCUGCGUCCCGCUUUGGCCGCCCUUCCUCAGCGCCAGGGGCAGUGUGGAUUUCGGAGUCGGGGUUUUGGCCGCCUCCAGCCCUGUUUGCAUGCUCGGGGCCGCGGCGAGGAGCCUCCGCCCCCCCACCGGGUGGUUUUUCGGCGCCUCCCUCUGCUCGGCGGUGGUGGCGGUGGCAGCAUGGCGAGCCCUCCGGAGACCGAGGGUUUCUCGGACGUGCGCAAGGUGGGCUACCUCCGCAAACCCAAGAGCAUGCACAAGCGCUUCUUCGUGCUGCGGGCGGCCAGUGAGGCUGGGGGCCCGGCGCGCCUUGAGUACUACGAGAAUGAGAAGAAGUGGCGGCAUAAGUCGAGCGCCCCCAAACGCUCGAUCCCCCUCGAGAGCUGUUUCAACAUCAACAAGCGGGCUGACUCCAAGAACAAGCACCUGGUGGCCCUCUACACCCGGGACGAGCACUUUGCUAUAGCAGCGGACAGCGAGGCUGAGCAGGACAGCUGGUACCAGGCCCUCCUGCAGCUGCACAACCGUGCCAAGAGCCACCACGACGGGGGUGCGGCCCCCGGGGCUGGAGGCGGAGGGGGCAGCUGCAGUGGCAGCUCUGGCCUUGGCGAAGCUGGGGAGGACUUGAGCUACGGGGACAUGCCCCCAGGGCCUGCGUUCAAAGAGGUCUGGCAGGUGAUCCUGAAACCCAAGGGCCUGGGUCAGACAAAGAACCUGAUUGGUAUCUACCGCCUCUGCCUGACCAGCAAGACCAUCAGCUUCGUGAAGCUGAACUCCGAGGCAGCGGCAGUGGUGCUGCAGCUGAUGAACAUCCGGCGCUGUGGCCACUCGGAGAACUUCUUCUUCAUCGAAGUAGGCCGUUCUGCGGUGACCGGACCUGGGGAGUUCUGGAUGCAGGUGGAUGACUCGGUGGUGGCCCAGAACAUGCAUGAGACGAUCCUGGAGGCCAUGCGGGCCAUGAGCGAUGAGUUCCGGCCUCGCAGCAAGAGCCAGUCUUCCUCCAACUGCUCCAACCCCAUCAGUGUCCCCUUACGCAGGCACCACCUCAACAACCCUCCACCCAGCCAGGUGGGGCUGACCCGCCGCUCACGCACCGAGAGCAUCACUGCCACCUCUCCAGCUAGCAUGGUGGGCGGGAAGCAAGGCUCCUUCCGUGUCCGUGCCUCUAGUGACGGUGAAGGCACCAUGUCCCGCCCAGCGUCGGUGGACGGCAGCCCUGUGAGUCCUAGCACCAACAGGACCCACGCCCACCGGCAUCGGGGCAGCUCCCGGCUGCACCCCCCGCUCAACCACAGCCGAUCCAUCCCCAUGCCUUCUUCGCGUUGCUCUCCUUCGGCCACCAGCCCGGUCAGUCUGUCUUCCAGCAGCACCAGUGGCCACGGCUCCACCUCUGACUGUCUCUUCCCGCGGAGAUCUAGUGCUUCUGUGUCCGGUUCCCCCAGUGAUGGUGGUUUCAUCUCUUCCGAUGAGUAUGGCUCCAGUCCCUGUGAUUUCCGAAGUUCCUUCCGCAGUGUCACCCCGGAUUCCCUGGGCCACACCCCACCGGCCCGCGGAGAGGAGGAGUUGAGCAACUACAUCUGCAUGGGAGGCAAGGGGGUCUCCACUCUCAUCGCCCCCAAUGGUCACUACAUUUUGCCUCGGGGCGGCAAUGGUCACCGCACCCUCCCAGGCACUGGCUUGGGCACGAGCCCAGCCCUGGCUGGGGAGGAGGCAGCUAGUCCUGCCGAUCUGGAUAAUCGAUUUCGAAAGCGGACUCACUCUGCUGGCACAUCCCCCACCAUUUCCCACCAGAAGACCCCAUCCCAGUCCUCCGUGGCUUCCAUCGAGGAGUAUACAGAGAUGAUGCCUGCCUACCCACCAGGAGGGGGCAGUGGAGGCCGGCUGCCCGGCUACCGGCACUCAGCCUUCGUGCCCACCCAGUCUUACCCUGAAGAGGGUCUGGAAAUGCACCCCUUGGAGCGGCGUGGAGGCCGUAGCCGGCCGGACACCUCCACCCUCCACACCGAUGAUGGCUACAUGCCCAUGUCCCCAGGGGUGGCCCCAGUGCCUGGCAGCCGCAAAGGCAGUGGGGACUACAUGCCAAUGAGCCCCAAGAGUGUGUCUGCCCCGCAGCAGAUCAUCAACCCCAUCAGACGCCAUUCCCAGAGAGUGGACCCCAAUGGCUACAUGAUGAUGUCCCCAAGUGGCAGCUGUUCUCCUGACACUGGGGGUGGGCCCAGCAGCAGCAACAGUGCUGCCCCUACUGGCAGUAGCUAUGGGAAGCUGUGGACAAAUGGGGUUGGGGGUCACCAUUCUCACGUCGUGCCACACCCCAAACUGCCCCUGGAGAGCAGUGGCAGCAAGCUCUUGUCCUGUACAGGUGACUACAUGAACAUGUCGCCAGUGGGAGACUCCAACACCAGCAGCCCCUCUGACUGCUACUACGGCCCUGAGGACCCCCAGCACAAGCCAGUUCUCUCCUACUACUCAUUGCCAAGGUCCUUUAAGCACACCCAGCGCCCGGGGGACCUGGAGGAGACCGCCCGGCACCAGCACCUCCGUCUUUCCUCCAGCUCUGGUCGCCUUCUCUAUGCUGCAACAGCCGAAGAUUCCUCUUCCUCCACCAGCAGCGACAGCCUGGGCGGAGGAUACUGUGGGGUGAGGCCGGAGCCGGGCCUCCCACAUCAUCUCCACCACCAGGUCCUGCAGCACCAUCUGCCUAGAAAGGUGGACACAGCUGCGCAGACCAACAGCCGCCUGGCUCGGCCCACAAGGCUGUCGCUGGGGGAUCCCAAGGCCAGCACCCUACCUCGGGCUCGGGAGCAGCAGCAGCCUGCCCUGCUGCACCCUCCGGAGCCCAAGAGCCCAGGGGAAUAUGUGAAUAUCGAAUUUGGGAGUGAGCAGCCUGGCUACUUAUCCGGUCCCAUGGCAUCCCACAGCUCACCUUCUAUCAGGUGUCCAUCCCAGCUCCAGCCAGCUCCCAGGGAGAAAGAGUCUGGCACUGAAGAGUACAUGAAUAUGGACUUAGGGCCCGGCCGGAGGGCCACCUGGCAGGAGAAUCCUGGGGUCAAGCCCAGCAGAGUGGGCCCCGCACCUCCGGGGACUGCCAGUGUGUGCAGGCCUACCCGGGCAGUGCCUGGCACUCGGGGUGACUACAUGACCAUGCAGUUGGGUUGUCCCCAUCAGAGCUACGUGGACACCUCCCCAGUGGCCCCCGUCAGCUAUGCUGACAUUCGGACAGGCAUUGUGGAGGAGGCGAGCCUUCCUGGGGCCACAGGGUCUGCUCCCUCCUCAUCCUCAGCAGCCUCUGCUUCCCCCACCACCCCUCAAGGAGCAGGGGAGCUGGUGGCCCGCUCUUCCCUGCUGGAGGCCCCACAGGGGCCCGGGGGCAUGAGUGCCUUCACCCGGGUGAACCUCAGUCCCAAAGGCAACCAGAGUGCCAAAGUGAUCCGUGCGGACCCCCAAGGGUGCCGGAGGCGGCAUAGCUCCGAGACCUUUUCCUCCACGCCUAGUACCCCCCAGGCAGGCAACACGGUGCCCGUGGCAGGGGGGGCUGCAGUAGGGGGCAGCAGCGGUGGCAGCAGCAGCACUGAGGAUGUGAAACGUCACAGCUCUGCUUCAUUUGAGAAUGUCUGGCUGAGGCCUGGGGAGCUCGGAGGAGCCCCCAAGGAGCUGGCUCAAGUCUGUGGGGCUGCUGGGGGUUUGGAGAAUGGUCUCAACUACAUAGACCUGGAUUUGGUCAAAGACUUCAAGCAGCGCCCUCAGGAGCACCCCCCUCAAGCGCAGCCUCCCCCACCCCCAACUCCUCAUCAGCCUCUGGGCAGCAGCCAGAGCACCUCCACCAGCCGCUCCAGCGAGGAUGUGAGCCCCUAUGCCAGCAUCAGUUUCCAGAAGCAGCCGGAGGACCUCCAGUAGCUCAACUGGACAUCACAGCAGAAUGAAGACCUAAAUGACCUCAGCCAAUCCUCCUCUUACUCAUGGGUACCCGGACUCGAACUGUUUCACGAUUCACAACCAGGACCUCACAUCUUCCUCCUCAGUAGAUGGUACGAAGCACCCAUUUCAGUUUGUUUACUUUACAAAUCCUCAGGACUCCG